ACAAGACCUCUUGGCAAAGCUAAGCUGACGGGUGAUCCAUAGACUCUUGACCUGGCCCGAUUUUUAAAGUUCUACCUUGAUGGCUGACCUUGCUGUGCUUAGGACAGCUAAGCAGGCCCUCGAUGAGGGUCUGCUGAAUAGUGAGGACUACGAUUUCAUUAAGAAGGCUUUCCUUCGCGCGCAGCAAAUUAAGGCGGGCUUAGAUGCAGGGUUCAUCAAUCCGGAGGACUAUGUACAGGCUCGGGACUCCUUCCUUCACUCUCUCGACUUCGCGCUGGUGGGCUCGUCCUCUCUAACGCGGGAGUCUUCGCUACCCACCCCUGGCAGUCCAAAGGGCGCGGUAGCGGCGGCACCAUUCGUCCAGCCCAUUAACACACGACCACCACAGGCCGCCUCCUUCCGGGCUCCCCCUCACCAGCGUGAUUCCCCCACGGCAGCGCAAGCAGCAGCUGCUGCGGCGCCUCCUCCCCAGCCUGCCCGUACCAGCGGGGGUGCUUCGGGCUCGGGCACCGUCCCCAUCCCCACCGACAUCCCAGCCGCGCGCGGUGGCCGUACAUCCAUGACCAACAACAAGACGUCCAUGUCGGGUAUCUCCGUCAACGAUCAGUGCGUCGCCAUCUUCCAGCACAUCAAGAGCAAAUCGGCGUACAAGUGGGUCACCUACAAGGUCAACGACGCGGGCAACGAGGUGGUUGUUGACCAGCUGGGGGCCGCGGAUUCGUCGUACAGCCAGUUCGUUAGCGUGCUUCCGGAGAACAACUGCCGAUACGCAGUGUACGACUACGCCUACCUCAACGCGGACACCAACCAGACCAACAACAAGCUCGUCUUCGUGCACUGGGCGCCCGACAGCAGCACCACCAAGCACAAGAUGAUGUACGCCUCCACCAAGGACUUCCUGAAGUCCUACCUAGAGGGCCUUGGUGCGGAGCUGCAGGCCACCGACCUCAAGGAGCUGGCGGAGAGCGAGAUGCGGGAGCGGGUGGGGCAGGCCAU